CUGGAAUGGCAGUUUCUAAUGCUUCGUCUACUAUGAUAUCCUUAUCUCGGAACAGGAGACUUCACAGUAUGGGAUGUGGACCAUCUAAUUUGUUUACAUGUUUUAAUGGAGGUGAGUGUGUCUACAGAGAGCUGUGCAACUGCAGUCGAUUUAAUGCAACUGGACCAAGAUGCCAGACAGUGUAUAAUACAGGUGCUGAAAGAGAUCAUAUAUGCAGAACAUGGGGUCAAUAUAAUUUUGAAACUUUCGAUGGACUCUAUUACUACUUUUCUGGGAAAUCCACAUAUGCACUUGUGAGACAUACUGAAUUAGAGGAACAGAGUUUUUCCAUACAGGUGAAUAAUGAUCCUGAGUGCCAUUCUUCUCCUUACUCCUGCAAAAGGUCCAUUAGUUUAUUUUUUUCUGGAGGUGAACAGAUAAAGAUGAGCAGUGAAGUCACCUAUAAAGGAUUUGGAGUACAGUUACCUUAUGUUAUUGGGAACUUACACAUCCAGAAGCUAGCAGGAUACUUCCUAGUCAGGCACCAGUAUGCCUUUACACUGGCUUGGGAUGGUACAUCUGCAGUGUAUAUCAAAAUGGCACCAGAGUAUCUGGGUAAAACACAUGGACUGUGUGGAAACAAUAAUGCUAUUCUGCAGGAUGAUCUUGAAACUAGUUAUGGAAAACUGACAGAUGAUGUAACGGAAUUUGUAGAGAGUUGGCAGGAAAAUCCUCCACAAGGAACACCCAAUUGGGAUAAAUCUCUUCUCAAUGAACCACCCUGCCUGACACAAAGUCAUGAAUCUCUACAGCUAUCUCAUUCAUUUCAGAGGGCAUAUGCUCUGUGUAAUAUCCUGUUACAUCCCCCAUUUGAACAAUGUCAUGAAUAUGUGAGUCCUCUUCCUUUUAUGGCAAGCUGCACCAAUGAUCUUUGCAUGUCAGCAGUUGAAAAUGCAACUUGGUGUCGAGCAUUAACAGAAUAUGCCAGAGCAUGUGCCCAUGCAGGAAAGCCCCUUCGUGGAUGGCGAAUGCACUUUCAGCAGUGUGUGAUUACCUGUGCUGAGCCCUUGACCUACAAUGAAUGCAUCAACUGUUGCCCUGUUUCAUGUCAUCAGCAAUCACACUGCAUUGACAGUGAGCUUCCCUGCAUUGAUGGAUGCUACUGUCCGGAUGGCUUAAUUUAUGAAAAUGAAAUGUGUGUCAAGCCUAUGGACUGUCCUUGUGACUACCAUGGAAAUUUCUUUGAAAUGGGCUCAGUGGUUUAUGAGGAAUGUAAUAACUGCACUUGCAUUGGAGGAAAGUGGAUUUGUACAAAUCUUACAUGUCCAGCUGAAUGCUCAGUUUCAGGAGACAUUCAUUUCAUGACCUUUGAUGGGCGCAAAUACACUUUCCAAGCUACCUGCCAAUAUAUUCUGGCAAAAAGCCGUACAUCUGAAGCAUUUACCAUAUCCUUGCAAAAUGCUCCUUGUGGACAGAACCAAGAUGGAUCAUGUAUCCAAUCAAUCAGCCUUAUUCUUAAGCAGGACCCCAAGAGGCAAGUGACUCUGACUCAUUCAGGAGAUGUUUUGGUAUAUGACCAAUACAAAAUUAACCUGCCUUACGCAGAUGAGUUAUUUGAAAUACGGAAGCUGUCCUCUAUAUUUCUUCAAGUAAAGACACACAUUGGAUUACAGAUACUCUAUGACAGAGAAGGACUGAGGCUUUAUCUUCGAGCUGAUGGACGGUGGAAAGAUGAUACUGUGGGCCUUUGUGGAACCUUCAAUGGAAAUAUGGAGGAUGAUUUUUUAUCUCCAGUUGGAGUAACUGAAAGCACACCAGAGCUGUUUGGAAACACAUGGAAAACUUCCUUGGCAUGUGUUGUUGUGCAUGAUAGCUCACAAAUGGAUCCAUGUGAUAUUCAUCUGCAGGCAGCCUCUUAUGCAUCAGAAGCUUGUAGCAUCCUUACAAAAGAACUUUUUGCUCCAUGCUACCCCUAUUUGAGUCCCGUUCCCUAUUUCGAGCAGUGCAGAAGAGACACUUGCAAAUGUGGACAGACUUGUUUUUGCUCUGCUCUGGCCCACUAUGCUCAUCAUUGCCGAAGAUUUGGAGUUAUGAUAGAUUUCAGAGGAAGUGUCCCAGACUGUGCUCUUUCAUGUGAAGAUACAAAGGAGUACAGUACUUGUAUAUCUAACUGUGGCAGAACCUGCCAAGCACUGUCUGUGCCAGAGACAUGCAGCAGUGAUUGUGUUGAAGGCUGUGCUUGUCCCUCUGGAAUGUAUUUGAAUUCCAAGACGAAACAAUGUGUACAGAGAAACGAAUGUCCUUGUUAUUUUCAAGGAAUUGACUACCCUCCUGGAGAAAAUGUUAUGACAUCUUUGGGCAAAUGCCAUUGCAGGGAUGGAAUAAUGAAUUGUGAUAACAACAUAAUAGCACACGGCUGCCCAGUUGGACAGAUUUACAUUAACUGCAGCAAUCCACAAGUUGAUCCCCAACUCAGCAGAGAGAGAACUUGUGAGAAUCAGUUGCUAAACCUCACUUUCUCAGCACACCUUCCUUGUGUUUCAGGUUGUGUCUGCCCACCUGGUCUUGUUAAACAUGGGGAUGUGUGCUUGGAUGCAGAUGAAUGUCCAUGUUCGUGGAAAGGGAAGGAAUACUUUCCAGGUGACAAAGUCAUUUCUUCCUGUCAUACAUGCAUUUGCCAGCAUGGAUCAUUUCAGUGCACCUUCCAUCCUUGCCCAUCAAUGUGUACUGCCUAUGGGGAUCGACAUUACAGAACGUUUGAUGGACUAACAUUUGACUUUGUUGGAACUUGUAAGGUUUACCUAGUUAAGGGUACUUCUUCGACCAGCUUUUCUGUUAUUAUAGAGAAUGUUAACUGCUUUAAUACUGGAAUCAUUUGCAGAAAAAACAUUUUCAUUAAUAUUGGAAAAUCGUUUUUAAUAUUUGAUGAUGAAACUGGAAAUCCAAGCUUAUCUAGUUACAUGGAUGAUCUACAAAAAAUUCAGUUAUGGAAAGCUGGAUUUUUCACCAUUGUUAAUUUUCCUGAUGAGCACAUCACUAUUCUUUGGGAUCAGAGAACAACAGUUCAUGUACAGAUGGGUCAUCAGUGGCAGGGUAAAUUGACUGGAUUAUGUGGAAAUUUUGAUUUGAAGACAGUAAAUGAAUUGAGGACUCCAGAUAAUUUUGAGUUAACAAACUCACAAGAGUUUGGAAACAGUUGGACAGCUGUAGAGUGUGUUGACAGCUCUGACAUUCAAAAUCCGUGCAGUCUGAAUCCCCUUAGAGAGCCAUUUGCCAAGAAGGAAUGUGGAAUACUGUUAAGUGAAGCAUUUGAAGCUUGCCAUCCAGUGAUUGACGUCACCUGGUUUUACUCAAACUGCUUGACAGAUACAUGUGGUUGUAACCAAGGAGGUGACUGUGAGUGUUUCUGUACAAGUGUAUCAGCAUAUGCCCAUCAGUGCUGCCAGCAUGGAGUUACUGUAGACUGGAGGUCUCCUAGAGUGUGUCCUUAUGAUUGUGAAUAUUUCAAUAAAGCUUUGGGAAAGGGCCCCUACAAACUGGUCAGCUAUUUGGAUGGAGAAUUUGUAAUGGCGGUGAAACUGGUGGAUGGUGUUGUUUUUCCAGUGAGAGAAGAUGAUAUUGUUCCUGGACAUGCAGUGAGCUUUAUGCUGACUUCAGGACUUUAUAAACCCAAAGCACAUGAUUCCAACUUGAUUUCAUUUGAAACAGCUGAGAGACCAAACUAUUUUCUUCACUUGGCCUCCAAUAAUACUCUUGUUGUUUCUAAAUGGGAAAAAAGAGAAGCAUUUCACAACAGAUCUACAUUUGUCAUUCAUAAGAAUACAUGGCUUUCAGGAUACAGUUCCUUUGAGUCAUUUGCAGAACCCGGAUACUUCAUCCACAUUUCAGCCUCUUCAGUUGAGCUUUUGAAGUACCAUCAUUCAGAGGAGUUCAGACUGUCGACCCUUUUUAAACUUGUAGAUGUCAGAUUUAAAUUUCUAUCCCGUUCUGCAUGUGAGUGGCAUUAUGAUGCCUGUACAAGCCCUUGUUUCAAGACAUGCAGGGACCCAUUGGGAAAAACCUGUCAGGCAGUACCGAAAGUGGAAGGAUGCAUCCCUGCUUGUCCUCUCAAUAUGUUGCUGGAUGAAAUCACUCAGAGAUGCGUGUAUUUUGAAGACUGCAUUGAACCUUCAGAUGAUAGUCCACCUUUGCCACCCAGCAGUCGAACGCCGCCAGUUUCACAUAUAACAUCAAGUACAAGCUUGGCAGGGAUCAGUGAAGCAGUAACUUCAUUUCCUGUACCUGGAGCAAAGGACAUGGAAACAUCACUUGCGCCAAAAUUGCAACUCACUGCAACUACAGGGAAAACUGAAUUUUCAUCUGCUACAUCUAAUACAACACUUCGAACCGUAACUUUAUCAGCAAAUAUUUCUUCACAGUCAACAGAGAUGACAUCUAUGAGAAGCACAACAGCCAUGUCUGUGACAACACAAUCUAAUGUAAGCUUGUCUUCUCCUCUUGACACUUCUCCAUUGUUUCCAUCUACUGUCAGUCCAGAAACUUUUAUGAAGAUACAAACAAUCAGUAGUGUUUCCACUAAACUGUUGAGGGCUACAGAACCUCAGACAGUAACUGCUACACAUGCAGUGACUACAAGCACAGAAUCAGAACGCAAACCAAUUUCUACUUUUAUAUUUACUGGAACACCGCUUAUACUUAGAACAACAGAAUUUCCAGUCAAAACUAAAGUAAUGGAAAUACCAGAAACAGCCACAAGAACGCUUCCCACAAAAGAAGCACAAGUAAAACCAGAAGGACUUACAGCAUUUAUGCCUAGUUCAUUUGAGUCAGUAACAGAAAAAACUACUGUCUAUCUGUCCCAGUUUUCCUCAUCACCACCUCUGGGCAUGCCUUCAUACACACCAGCAGUAAACCUAACAGGAACUUCAGAAGGGACAAGAAUAAGUGUAGGACAGUCUUUUACCACAGUAGCUAAUGUUACAUUAGCAUCAUUUUCUCCUGUGAUCACUACUUUGUUAAAACCAUUGUCUUCAGCAACAACAAAAGCAGCAAUUGUUUUAACCGAACAGAGCAUGAAGACUACAUUUUCACCAACAUCCGCACCACCCAUUUCAUUAGGAAAGGCAAUUACAGAACCUUCUGUUGAAAUGGUUCGACACCUGACUGGUACUGCAGAGGUGCUUUUCACUACAACUCCAGGUCCAAAGACAACAACUCAGCAAACUCAAGAGAGAUCAUCAGAAACAACUUUGUUAUCAUUUACAACUCAAAAAAAGGAAACUCCCAAAACAACAUCACAUGUGGAACAUAUGUCAGGUUCUUAUUUCCUUCCAUAUUCACUGCAUCCUAGUUCUACAACUGAAAAAUCUAUCAGUCUUUCUACAAAAAGACCAUCAGUGUCUGGUCCCACUCCUGCUUCUCCAGCUUCAGGUGAAUUAAAAAAAACAUAUAAAACUGUUUCCACUACAGGAUAUCCUUCAUACGUAGUCCUAAACACAACAGAGUUCCUGACUACAUUAUACACUAAAUAUCCUCUUGUGGCUGAGACUAUCGGAGUGACACCUUUGUCUGUUGAGGUAACAUCCAAAAUAACAUCCCCUUUUGAAUUAGCAGCAAAGUCUACUUUAUUUUCUGGAAAAACAUCUACCAAGUACAAGUCAACUCUGGUUUUAAGUUCAGUGAAGACAAGCACUUCAGGAUAUUCAGGUAGUGUUACCACAUCAGCAGUGAAAACCUCAAUCUCAUCAAAAGAAACCACCACAGUUCCUUUUGUAGCUACAGAAGGAGAGUCAGCUCAAAGAACAUCCAUCACUUCAUCUCCACUUGCUCUCCUUAGUGCAACUGAAACCAUGCUGGUGACAACCGAGCCUGAUAAAUCACAGGUGGAAAGAAUGACUAGCAUCUCUACUAGAAAGCCGUCUGCUUUCCCUUCUUCACCAUCAAGUUCUCUAAUCUCUUUAAACAUUUCUCUUCCUUCACUACCCUCAUUUGGAAAAGAAGCAUCACUGACAGCUCUCAGUCCUGUGCAUACAUCCCAUGAAACGAUCUCUUUAUAUCCGAGAACAACUAUAGCAAAAUCUGUGUUACCAACAGAAAAGACCUCUCCAGUCCUGACUUUCUCUACUUUACCAACUAUAACAGAACAGUCAAGUCCAAUAACAACAGUAUCACACGACAGAUCACCAGGCAAAGCCAUUUUAAAUAUUACUUAUGCCACAUUCUCCCCUCCCCCUGAAUUUGGCAGUCAGCUUAUAACAAGCAAAAAAGUAAUGACAGACAAAGAAAAAUCAACUCUGUCCCCUUCUGCUGUACUUCCAGUAACAAGGCCAUCUUACACUUUUUCCACCUCUAAGCAUCUAGCAGAUAAAUUGGUUUCUUCACCUCCUUUAACACAAAUGAUACUAGAAGUAACAACCACACCAAAAUACCCAACAUUAAAAUCUACAGUCCAAAGUAUAACAGAUACAAUAAAACUUGCAACAAUUACAACUCGGCCAUCCUUUCUUCCAUCUUCAGUAGGCGCCUUUUCUUGGCAGACAUCUUCAGGAGAUAAACUUUCAGUACAGACCACAAAGACCAUGGCCAUACCACAUUCUUCUACUCAGAAGGUUAUGGAAUUUGGUCGUCAGACUUCUGGGCCUUUGUUGACAAGCCAAAGCAGCACCCCAAGUUACCAGUAUCUUGCAGAAACUCUAACAAAAUCCACUGGUCAGCCACAACGUGUCUUUAGAACAACUGAAGCUACAGUAGAAUUGACUUCCUCCUAUCCCUUAAUCACCUCACUCCCUGAAGGCAUUCAUUCAACUAUAUUACCUACCUCAGUAGGUCCUACACAAGUUAUUUUGCCAACUCAAAAAGAGUUGCAUUUAACUGAUUCAGUCACGCAGCCAUAUGUAUCAAGAACUUCCUCUGUUUUGCAGUCUGCAGUCCCAACUAGAACAAGAACUGACUUAAUUUUUGGCACCAGAGUUCUCUCUCCCUCACCAGAAGUGCUUGCAGGUUCCUCUUCUUUAGCAACAGUUAAAAAAGAAGCAUUUCCAUCAUUUUCCACACAAAAUUCAAGUCAGUCAGUUGAAACAACUACAGCUUCACCAGAAUCUAAGUCAAUCUCUUCAUUGGUUUUGUUACCAGAAAGAACAGAAAUUCCCAUUAUGAUGGGGAGCGGGACAUCCACAUCAAUGGGCAAAAGUGAUACAGAGAAAACUGCAGCAUUGCCUAAACAUGUCACACUUUCAACCACCUCCUACAUUUCCACAUUUGUACCAAGUACAGUGUUGUCAGCUAUGGCCCAUUCAUCAGCUGCAGCUUCAGCCUCUCCAGUGAUAAGCAGUACUGGGCAAAAUGUUAGUAUUGUAUCAGGAACUUCAGACAGAGCAGAAGCAGUAACAGAAUCCAUCACAAGCUCUGUGAAGCCCACCUAUUUUUUUGUUACAUCAGAAGCAAAAGGAGCCAUGUCCUUUGAUACAGUAAAAUCUGAAGAACCAGAAUUAACAACAGAAAUCCAAGCUAUCCAUACUGAAGGUGCUACUGUUACACCACAAACACCUCAGACAAUUUACCCUCCAUAUUUCACAAACACAACUGCAGUUCCUUCAAAUGUAAGUGUAUCAGUACUGUCCACUAUACGUUCAUCCUCUGAACCAAAACCUUUUUCUUCUAUAGCUGUGUCAUUGGUCAGUACCACUCAAACUUCAAAACCUGAAAUAUCAUCUGAGGUGCAAACGCCUUCUGGGAGUUCAGUGCUAAUGAUAUCUGACCAUCCAAAUGACACAACCGCUCCAUCAGUUUCCUUACUUUCCCAUUUAUCUACGAAACCACUUUAUGGCUUGACUACAACAUUUUCUGACAGACUGGCAACACCUGAAGCCAUGUCAGGGGUCACAGCAUCAGCUUUUAUGCUGCCUAGAGAAACACCAACUCUUCAAACUUGUACACCAAUCACAGAGAAUGAGUGUGUAAAACACAUUUGCUUGGAUGGACAACUGAUCCAAGUUAAUAAAUCGCAGAACUGCCCAUACAGUGCAACUCAACCCAGCUGUGGAGUUUUAGGAUUUGCUACUCAAGUGAAUGGUGACAAAUGCUGCCCAAAGUGGGAAUGUGCAUGUCGUUGCACAAUUUUCUCUGAUCUGAGUAUUGUAACCUAUGAUGGAAAUCAUUUGGCUUUAUUCAAAGAAGCAUCCUAUGUUGUUAGUCAAACUCAAGAUGAAACUAUAACCAUCCAUGUCCUUGACUGUAGAAUGGGUAAUUCAAAUUCAACAUCUUUGUGCCUGGCAAUGUUGAAUUUAACCUAUGUAUCAAACCAAAUUAUUAUCAAUCGUUUAAGUAGAAAAAUAACAGUAAAUUCAAGAUUUGCUUGGCCAACUGUUAGAAAAUAUGGAUACAAAGUCGAGGAUUCAGGCUUCAAGUAUGCAGUUGAGACCCCAACAAAAAUCAGAAUUCAGUGGUUUCACAACACAGGUGUGAUGAUUAUUGAGUUUAAUAGUACCAGAGAACCAAGAGCUUUGGGACUAUGUGGUUUUUGUGAUAGAAGCUUGGAAAAUGACCUGAUGCUACCCAACAGGACGGUUUUAAGCAAAAGUGAUGCUCUGUCAACUUUUAUAGACAGCUGGCAAGUGCCAGACACAUUAAAGUAUGUUGGAGAAGACAGGCAUCAGGAAACUAAUUGCUCAGUCAUGGACUGCUCAGAGUGCUUAAGACUGGUGUUGAACCAGACCUUCAGCAGCUGUCAUCCUUAUGUUCCACCUGAGAUAUUCUGUAAUAUAUGGGUUCAAGACACUGAGUACAUUCGAAAUCCAUGCAUUUCACUAGCUGCCUAUGUGGCAAUGUGCAACAAAUUUAAUAUUUGUAUAGAAUGGAGGAGCUCUGAUUACUGCCCUUUUCCCUGCUCUGAAAACUUCUCCUAUCAGGCAUGUAUAGCUGCCUGUGAGGUUCCAGAUAGUUGUCAGAAUAACGAGAUUGCUUCUCUGGACUCGGACUCCUGCUCGGUGUUGACAGAAGGCUGUGUCUGUGCUGGAGGGACCAUCCUUCACCGAGCUCACACUGCUGUCUGUAUUCCUGAAGAAAAAUGCGCUUGUACAGACAGCUCAGGAACACCUCAUGCAGUAGGUGAGAUCUGGAAAACUUCUUUGAGUGGAUGCUGUAUGCAAAAGUGUGUUGACAGCGAGACCAUUAUUCCAGUGGAGUACAACUGUUCAGAUAUCCAUGAUUUAGACUGUCAGCGAUUUGCAGAGGUGGCCUUACUUGUUCCUGGUGGUCAGACAUGUUGUCCUCAGAAGAUCUGUAUUUGUAAUCAGAGUCUUUGUGAACCUCUGAUCCCUGAGUGUAAUGGUUUGGAAAAGCUGGUUGCUUACUACAGUGAAGAAUCCUGUUGUCCCAGCUAUGUUUGCGAAUGUGAUCCAGCAAAAUGUGAACCAAUGGAGCAGAUGCCAAGCUGUCAAGAUGAUCAAACAUUGAUUGCUGCUCGGGUGGAGAGUACCUGCUGCAUUUCCUAUAUAUGUGCAUGCGGGGCUUGCUCUGAUCAAAUACCCAAAUGUCAAGAAGGAGAAGUUCUUAUUGUGGAUGACAACACUACAGAGAGGUGUUGCCCUACAUACCAAUGUAUUUGUGAAAUACAUCGUUGUCCUGAAUUCAAAUGUAUGCUAGGCAUGUCUUUGGUGGAGGUAUGGAGCCCAGAGAAGUGCUGCCCCUUUCGGACAUGUGAAUGUGCAUGCGAAACAAUCCCCAAACCUCAGUGCAAGCUGGGGCAGAAACUUCAGAUAGAUGAGCAGUUUCAGAACAGUACAGAAAAUAUCUGCAACUGUGUUAAGUACAAAUGUGUGAGAGACAAAGUUUGCCUGAGUAAUGAGAGAGGUGUGCUGUUUCCUGGACAGACAAUCGUGGAACACAGUCCAGAUGGCAUUUGCCACAUUUCUCACUGUACAAAUGUGAUUGAUCCCUCCACUAAAUACUACCAAAUAAACACAUCUUCAAUAGACUGUGCUGUCAAGUGCAAAGCUAACCAAGUCUAUCAGCCUCCAAAAGAUUUAACAACUUGCUGUGGUAGCUGUAAGAACUUGUCUUGUCUCCACACUUUCAGCAAUGGCACAGUUUCCAAUUUUAAUCCUGGUACUGUUUGGAUUUCAAACUGCAUCAGAUACGAAUGCACCAAUACAGCAAUAGGACCAGUUCUGGUUUCCUCUUCAGUUGGCUGCCCCCCCUUUAAUGAAACUGAAUGUGUGAAGGUUGGAGGCUAUGUUGUGCCGUUCUUAGAAGGAUGCUGCAAAACAUGUAAGGAAGAUGGCAAAUUCUGUAAAAAGGUGACUGUUAGGAUGACUAUCCGCAAGAAUGACUGCAGGAGUAACACACCAGUGAACAUUGUUUCAUGCGAUGGAAAGUGCCCAUCUGCAAGCAUUUACAACUACAACAUCAACACAUACGCAAGAUUCUGCAAAUGCUGCAGGGAGCUCGGACUACAGAGACGGACUGUGCAAUUGUAUUGCACCAGUAAUUCAACCUGGGUCAGCUAUUCAAUCCAAGAGCCUACAGAUUGUUCUUGCCAAUGGUCUUAAACACAUAAAAGCAAAGAAAACAGCAAGCCCAGCUGUUCCCAGCAUAAGAUAAUUUGAAUAGUUUAUCUCUUUAAAAUACAAUACCCAAACCACUGAAUUUUACCAGUUUAAUGCUAAAAGAUAAGAGUAAAAAUAGUUUUGGACUCUUCUAAAUUUCUGAAGAAUGGUUUUGCAUCAUUUCUAUUGUGAUUUGUCUUCAUGUUCAUUCACAGGGAUUGUUUUAAGAGUUCUUGUGAUAUGUGCCAACUUAAAAGGUGAAGUGACUUAUGUUAGAGACACCUCAAGAGACAGGACACCAUCUAAUUUGUUGUGGAAGGCUGGCCCACUCUUUGUCAGGCACCCGUAACUACUUUAAAUCAUUGACUGGCUUACCUGGCAGCAGUUCACUAUUUUGAAUGCAUUGCAAUUGUGCAAAUACAUUCAGUGUCUAUUAAGAAAAAAUGGACAACGUAAGAAGAAUUUUCAGUUUAAAUCAUAUUCCUGUUGCAAAGUAGAGCAUGUAUAAGAAAUUCAAUUAAAGUUUGUUGGGUUUUCUUUUAAUCAGGGAAACAUUGUCAGUAGUAAUAACUGUAUGUAAUAUUCCCUGAUAAUAAUUUAAGUUUUUCUAGUGUAUUUUAUAUUGUAGUGAAAAGUAUUAUGGCAAACAUGUAAUGUUAUGGAACAGACAGUCUGUUUUUAGGCCAUUGAAAUUAGUCAUUAGUAGUUACUUUAUCUUUCUGCUUAGCAAUAUGACAUAAACUGAAAAUACACAGAUUCAACAAAUGGAAACCAGUUUACAUUCCUUUCUAUAGAUAUACCUUAAAUUAAAACAUUCAUCUUAUGAAAUGCGCCAUAUUAAAAUUGUUUCUUUAGGAGAAUGAACGUUGUUUAACACUAAUUUUAAAGAUGUGACAAUUAAUUAGGAAAAAGAAAACCAGGAUUAUGUAUGUGUCUAAAAGAAAAACAAAGCUGAAAAUCUUUGUCACCAGUGGAGUAGAAUGUAACUUCUUACGGCAGGUGUUUGAAAUUGAAAAGGUACAAUUUUAAGGUUUGAAAUUUCAAAAGCAGUUUUGCUUAUGAACUUGAACAAUCAACAUUUGUUGAACUAAUUUUUUUCUCCUAAUUUUUUAAGCUAAUUUUUUCUCCUAAUUUUUUAAGAUAAUGUUGCUGUUCUAUUCUUUUCCAACAAAUGCCACCAAGAUUCAGCAAAAAUUAAGUAGCUUUCAUUUUGUAGAUUAAAAUUGUAGAUAGCACAUAGUGAUAUGCUUGAGAUCCUAUAAUAGAAAAUAGAUCUCAGCAUAAUUUCUUAAAAAGCUGCUUCUCUGCAGUUAAUCCAAAGAACAAUGUAUUGUUAAAAUCAUUCGUGAACAUUUUUUACAUUCAUUUUGUAUUCUGUACAUUUCAUUCUUGCAAUAUCUAAUAAACAACAGGAAG